AAGCAAAUGCCAAAUCAAAGGUUUGUCCAUCUGGUUGGAUGCAUCUUGUUUCAGCAUGUUACCACUUAAGUACGUACAAAACUACUUGGUCUAAAGCAAGAGCAGCCUGUCAAAAACUUGAAGGAGACCUGGUUGUUCCUACGAACAGUAAGGAAAAUAAUGCCGUGUCGAAUAUUGUUAAACAAAGAAAAUUGGGUCAUCCCUGGAUUGGUUUG